UACAUAAUUGUUCCUUGUCAUCAAUAUAAAGCAACAGUAUAGCCAAAUUUGGAUUUACUUUCUUUGUAAAAUGGUAGAAUUUGGUUCAGUGAAGUAUUUUGCUCUAAUUUUCGCAUGUUUAGCUGGAGCAGCAAUUGCUGUAGACCUGAAGGUUGGAAUUUACAACUCAAUACCAGAUAUUGGGGAUGAUGAUCUUGCUUCUUACGAAAACCUGAUUCAAGACGGAUAUACAGCUGCAUAUCCUUCCAAUACAGUCGAUGCAGUUGUCAAUAGCUCUUUGUAUGAUCCUUAUGGCAAUCUUGAGGAAUAUCUCCAUUAUGAUGGCUUUGAUAUGCUGGAGAUAGAUACCAUUAGUCUACCUGGCCUUGUUGAAAAAGGAUUAAUAGUCCCAGUAGACGAUCUGGUCUAUGUCCCUACCUGGAAUGAUAUCUUUCCUGAAGCUCUGGAUGCUGUACAAUAUGAAGAUACAUAUUAUGCUUAUCCAACUCUGCUCUGUGGGAACUUUCUUAUUGGUCUCUCUCCUGCUACCAGUGGAAACUGUGAUCUAGAAUCAGGAAGAUACAAUUAUGACAACUUCAGCAGCAUACUAACACAGUGUGAGGGACUCCUCUCAUCAUAUCCUACAUAUGAAAGGCUCCUUGGUGGCAAGAUGAAUGAUAUCUAUGGCUAUUACUUGCCAGAUAUGUAUGUUGAUGGAUACAUUGACAUGUAUGGCAGUCAGAAAGCUCAGGAGGCAGUCGAUAAUGUACUUGCUGGUGAUAUUGACAUGAGUCUCUGCAGUAGAAUGACUAAUUAUGUUGGUGGCUGCAGUGAUGAGACUGGAUCUCCUCCAAACAAUAAGUGCUUCUAUAAGUAUGCUGAUAGCUACGUCGAAGAAAGUGACAAUAUUUACACGGACAUUACAAACAAGAAAACGAUGCUUUACUUUGGAUUCUCGGAAAAGCUUGCCCAAAUAAAAAAGGACAAUCCAGGCAUUGUGGCAUAUGCUGCCAUUUCUGCCCCACUGGGUGAUUCUGGCUACUUGCUCCAAUACACUGAUGCUCUCGUGGUAAGUGCAUCAAGUUGGAAUUCUGCUGAUAACGAAAAGAAAGCUGCAAUGAUUGACUUCAUCACUUUCUUUACUAGUCAAAGUCUACGUGAGUCCAUCUUGUUUGGUGAAGACCUGUCUCCCCAGGCUACAAGGUAUCUUCUUCAAGCUAAUAAGCAAGUCUAUUCCAUCAAAGAAGCAACCAGUGAUCCAAUUAUUGUUGAUUUAUACUGGGCACUGCAAAGAGGAGUGCAUACUCCAAUAAACGACGACACAGUAAGAGCAGAAAUGCAGCAAAAGCUAAUGUACAGUGGAUGUGUCUGUGGCUGCGAUGAUGAUGAUGAUGAUGAUGAUGAACAAUUGAUCUUCAAUAAAGAGAAGAAAGCUCCGGUUGAUUCCUGUUUGGCAGGAGAAGAUGACUGUGACAAAGCUAAAUAAAGUCAAUUAAAUUAAAGUAAUCAAGAGUACAUGAUACUCUGAUAUUAUACAUAGACAAGAAUUAACUUUGAUAGUUAGGAUAUAUAUUGUUUUAGAGCUCCAGAAUUAGUGUGUGAAUUUGUAGACUGAUCACGUACCUACUGGUAGCAUGAUCACAGUAUUAAAAAUAAAUAUGCUUUUAGAUGGUAUAUUAUUUGAAA